AAGGCAAGUACAGAGGAGGAGCAGUGGGCUUUAAAGUAAUGCUAUGUAAAUAUAUGUAUUAUAUAUACAAAGACAGUGCCCCGUACCGUCUGCUAGCCCGGGAUGCAAGCAUCUACCCAGCCUCGAAAAUUAAGAGUCCAACCGCAGCGGGACACAACUACCCCCGCCCGCCUCUUUUCUCUAUUUCUGCUGUUCAUUGGUACCAGGGUGCCAGAACAAGCGGUUACCAGCAACCCUUCAUCACAAAAAUUGUGCUUCCGAAAUCUCUUGAUGUCGAUUCCGCGGGGGUGUCUGAAAGCCCCCCCGUGCCACGCACGGCAGAAGCCCUUUUUAAAAUCGUGUUUUCCGCACCCACCGUCGGAAAGCGCUGGUAUACCGGAGAGGUCAGGGCGACGGAUGCUGCAGACACCAGACAUGAUGUUUGGCGUGUCUCUUCCUUCAUCCUUCCUUAUCCCAUUUCUCAUUCACCACUUCUGCUGAUUUUUCUCAAAAAAGUGCCAUUUCCCCCCCCUUUCUAGCCGGCCAGGAUUAUGCAAAUCGCGUGAGGCAUGCUGGGUACGCCUCUUCCCUGAGGCAGCCCGGGGAUGAGGAGCGCCUUUGGCGGGAUCGCGAUGAUGCGCACGCGCGCGCAGGGGACUCGCUUCCCAUUGGCUGCGGCGACCGCCGGAAGCGGAAGCGCUGCCGGCUGUCGGAGGAGGGAGCGCGGCGGGGUUUCGGAGUUCCCGCGUGUCAUGGGGAGUUGAUUGGAUUGGAUCCCCACAAUCCUAAGAAGAAGCAAGACCUAGACAACCUUUAUGAUCUAAAAGCUAAAGUCCAACAGAUUAUGAACCAAUUUGGCCCUUCUACCUUGAUCAACCUCUCCAACUUCUCCUCAAUCAAGCCUGAACCAGCCAGCACCACCCCCCAGAGCUCCAUGGCCAACAGCACCACUGUGGCAAAGAUGCCAGGAACACCUAGUGGAGGAGGGCGGCUCAGUCCUGAAAGCAACCAGGUUUUAACCAAGAAGAAAUUGCAGGACCUGGUGCGUGAGGUGGAUCCAAAUGAGCAGCUGGAUGAAGAUGUGGAGGAAAUGCUGCUACAGAUUGCUGAUGACUUCAUUGAGAGCGUGGUGACAGCCGCCUGUCAGCUUGCGCGGCACCGCAAGUCCAACACCUUGGAAGUGAAAGAUGUCCAAUUGCACCUCGAGCGCCAGUGGAACAUGUGGAUCCCAGGCUUUGGUUCUGAAGAAAUCAGGCCCUACAAAAAAGCCUGCACUACAGAAGCUCACAAACAGAGAAUGGCACUGAUCCGCAAAACUACCAAGAAAUAGCUCCUCGGCAGAGCUGAAGACACCACCAGUGCAGUUUGGGAUACCUGCAUCUCCACUGAAGCCUCCACCAUGUCACCUGUGGGAUAUUUUUUUAAUGCUUUACAGAAAAGCAUCUAUUUUUUAUUAAUGGCGCAGCAAUAUCUUGAUGAGGAGACCUGCCAAAAACAUUCUAUGCCCUGUUCCUCAUUUCUCCUCAGAGUGUGACAUAUCUCAAACAAAGACUUUUAUUUGUGACUUGAAAGUGGUUUAUUGUACAAGUGAUUAUCCAAGGGACAGAGCAUUUGAUCGUGUGUGGGACAGUAUUAGAAGCAUCUGUAGAGGUUUAUGUUUCCUCCUUCUUGCCCCUACCUGCUCCAGUACUUUGUAAUGUCAGUGUUUAUAUAAAUACUUGCGUUGUUUUACAUGAAUAAAGAAAUUAUUCUAA